AUGUCGAGCUCACCAGAGCCCAGUCCCGUCAACGGCCAUUCGUCGCCGCAGGCGGGAAGGAAUGCGAGAAUUAUUCUAGACGAUCGCGUUAGCGAGAGCGACCUGUCGGAUGUGAACGAUAAUACAGCCCUUCGAGAAUCAUCCUCCCCAUCCUCCCCUAAUAAUCAAUCACCUCAAAAUGCCGAACAAGACCUAGACUCCCGAGGCGGUGCCGAGUCAACCGAUAAUGACGAAGACAAUAAUGCCUCAGAUGAUGCCGACUUUGACAUGGAGGACAGCCCUGCUCCUUCUCAAAGCGACGCUCCCCAUGACGAAACAUCAACUUCGAAUAGCUCUCGCCGUGCCCCGAAGAGAAAGGCUGGGGGUGGUGAGGAUGAGUAUAUACGGGAGAAUCCAGAGCUAUAUGGCUUGAGACGAAGUUCUCGCCCUACGAAGCAGCCCAAGGUUGUUGAAUCUGAUGACGAGGAUGACUCCGCCUCUGAUGUUGUUCCUACAAAUCGUCGAACGAAGAAGCUCCGUGUGGUGGAGCAGAUUUCACGGCAAUCUUCAAAACGGGGCACGCCUGCGAGACAAACACCUGCUGAUGAUUCCGACUCUGAUACUUACGGUGGAGCCCGUGCUCGAACAUUCAUGAAGAAAGCUCGUCGCCAACAAGCCCAACCACAGUCCUUAUUGUAUGCUGAGAAGCGAUGGUCCAAUAGAAGAGCUGUCCAACAAGUUCAGACAUACCACGAAAGUGAUAUUGACGACGAAGAUGAAUCCGAGCUGACGCCUAAUUACUGGGCUGGUGAGGAUCUGACCGAAGAUACCAUGUACAUUGAAAAGGUUGUUGGUCAUCGCAUGACGGAUGGUGGUGAAUUAACCCCGGACGCGACUCGGGAAGACUUCGAGUACAAUAUCAAAUGGCAAGGUAAAUCUUACCUCCACAAUACGUGGGAUACUUUAGAGAUUCUCCGCGGGUACCGUGGUUUCCGGAAACUUGAAAAUUAUUUCAAGAGGACCAUUGAGUACGAGAUAGAGCUCAAGUUUGCCGGUGAAGAUCUUCCACCCGAGACCCGAGAACAAUAUAUGCUCGACAAGGAACGCGAACAAGACGCCUUAGAAGACUAUACAAAAGUUGAGCGUGUUGUUACCCAGCGGAGCGGUGAUGAAGGACGGGAAUAUUUCGUCAAAUGGAAGGGUCUCACAUAUGAGCAUUGCACAUGGGAGCAAGCAUCGACGAUUGCUGAAUUGGCCCAAGACAAGAUUGACCAAUUCCUCGACCGCCAAUCACGAUCGUGGACGUCUGAUCGAACCGAGUCGAAUCCCUCAACACGAAGCAAGUUUUUGAAACUUGAAAAACAGCCCAGCUACAUACAAGGUGGCGAACUAAGAGGCUUUCAGCUUACGGGACUGAACUUCUUGUGUCUCAAUUGGUGUCGUGCAAACAAUGUUAUUCUUGCUGAUGAGAUGGGCCUUGGCAAGACUGUCCAAACCGUCUCAUUUCUGAGUUGGCUCCGAAACGAGCGCAAGCAAGAAGGCCCCUUUUUGGUUGUUGCACCUCUAAGUGUCAUACCUGCUUGGUGUGAUACCUUCAACUUAUGGUCCCCAGACCUUAAUUACGUUGUUUAUCUGGGCAAUGCAGAGGCGCGAAAUACGAUACGGGAUCACGAACUCAUGUUCAACGGCAACCCGAAGAAGCAUAAAUUCAAUGUCCUUGUCACCUCUUACGAAUACAUACUGAUGGAUGCCGACUUUCUAAGAAGUAUAAAGUGGCAAGCUCUGGCCGUGGACGAGGCUCACCGCCUAAAGAAUAAGGAAUCUAAGCUGUAUUCGGAACUUAUGAGUUUCGGUGCCCCUGCUAAGGUUCUCAUCACUGGUACUCCGAUUCAGAAUAACUUGGCCGAACUGUCGUCGCUUCUUGACUUCUUGAACCCCGGUAAAGUCCACAUAGAUGAGGAUCUGGAUACUCUUGCUGCCGCAGAUGCUCAGACAAAACUUCGAGACUUACAUGCUGCCAUUGCACCCUUCAUCCUGCGGAGAACCAAAGAGACGGUAGAGUCAGACCUUCCACCCAAGACCGAGAAGAUUAUCCGGGUAGAACUUUCAGAUGUUCAACUCGAGUAUUAUAAAAACAUCCUUACCAGGAAUUACGCAGCCCUUAACGAGGGAAAUAACGGCCAGAAGUCAUCCUUGUUGAAUAUUGUCAUGGAACUGAAGAAAGUCAGCAAUCAUCCGUACAUGUUUCCUGGUGCUGAAGAAAAGGUUCUUAACGGCAGUGAACGCCGGGAAGACCAAAUCAAAGGCCUGAUUGCUAGUAGUGGGAAGAUGAUGUUGCUGGACCAGCUUCUUAACAAGCUGAAGAAGGAUAAUCACCGUGUCCUGAUUUUCAGUCAGAUGGUGAAAGUACUCGAUAUCCUUGGAGACUAUCUUCGACUACGUGGGUAUCAGUUCCAGCGAUUAGAUGGUACUAUUGGUGCUGGCCCAAGACGCUUAGCAAUCAACCACUUCAAUGCAGAGGAUAGCGCAGACUUUUGCUUCCUACUCUCGACACGAGCAGGUGGCUUGGGUAUUAACCUGAUGACUGCCGAUACGGUUAUUAUCUUCGAUUCAGACUGGAAUCCUCAGGCUGAUCUUCAAGCUAUGGCAAGAGCCCAUCGUAUUGGACAGAAGAAGCCUGUCACUGUUUACCGGCUUGUUUCCAAGGAGACCAUCGAAGAGGAGGUCCUUGAGCGUGCUCGGAACAAGCUCUUACUUGAAUACCUUGCGAUACAGGCUGGCGUUACCGACGACGGCAAGGCAUUCAGAGAAGAAUUCAAGCAAAAAGGCCUUAGGAUCGAUGAAGCCAAGUCGGCAGAUGAUAUCCAAUGGGUAUUGAAGAUGCGAUCCCAGAAGAUGUUCGAACAAUCUGGCAACCAAGAGAGGCUAGAACAGCUCGAUAUCGAUUCCAUACUAGAGAAUGCUGAAGUUACCAAGACCAAGGUAGACGACAAGAUGAACCUUAGUACUGGUGGUAUUGACUGGGACAACUUUAUGCAAUACACUGAUGUCAAAGUUGAUGACCUUAACCUCGAUUGGGAUCAAAUCAUCCCGGCAGAUCAGCUGGCAGCAAUCAGAGCGGAAGAGGAGAAGAAAAAGGAAGAGGAAUAUCUUGUAAAGGAAUUGGAGGCCAGUGCUCCACGACGCGCUGCACUUAAAAGUUCGAGGCCUAACGGCGACUCCGAAAGAGCCGAACGGAUUGCGAAAAAACGGGAACGGGAGCAACUGAAGCAAGAACGCCUAGAGGAGCAGCGCGCUAUGCUCUCCGAUCCCCGACGUCCGCUUAACGAGAAAGAGACGCGUAAUCUCAUUCGUGCAUUUAUGCGGUACGGUUAUAUUGAAGACCGUCCGGACGAACUGCUCCGUGAUGCUCGCUUGAGCGAUCGAGACCGCGAUUUCAUAGGCGGAUUGCUUCGGGAGCUUGUCGACAUGUCUCGUGAUGCCGUGGAAAGAAAUAACGAGGAGAUCCGAGCUCAAGAACAACAGUCGAAGAAAAAGCUAACGAAGAAGGACAUCAAGGCCGUUAUGUUUGACUUUGGUGAAGUGAAAAAAAUCAAUGCGGAAACCAUACUUGACCGCCCCCCACAGCUACGACUCUUACGACGUGUUCUCAAUGAUCUCUCUGAUUUCCGACAGUUCCGGCUCCAAGAUGCCACCAAGGCAGCACACUAUAGCUGCGAAUGGGGUUCCAGGGAGGAUGGGAUGCUCCUUGUUGGUAUUGACCGGUAUGGCUUUGGUGCCUGGACUCAGAUUCGCGACGAUAAAGAACUUGGGAUGCAAGACAAGUUUUUCUUGGAAGAACAUCGCAUCGAGAAGAAGCAAGAGCGGGAGAAUGCUGACGCCAAAGGUGCCAAGGCGCCCGGAGCUGUCCAUCUGGUUCGUCGUGCAGAGUACCUAUUGUCGGUACUUACCUCUAUUCAUUCGGACGAUGUGAAUGCUCAAAAGAUUGUUGAGAAUCACCAUCGUAAUAAUAAGAAGGCUGGCCAGGCUUUAGUUAACGGGCAUCGUCGUCCGGAGAAGGGCGGCUCCGUCUCUGCAUCCCCUGCUCCUCAGGGUUCGAAGAAGUCUUCGCAUCGGGAUAGGGACCACGACCGUUCUCACUCCCGGGGAGACCAUCAUCGUUCCCGUAGCAGCAUUGGAGAUGGCGGCACACCAAGACCAGACACAAAGCGGAAGCACAGCGGCGAAGCAGACGAUCGCCGGCAUAAACACCGUAGAGUUGAAGAGCUACGAAGAUCCGACAUUAACCAACAGCAGGCCGAGGACGAAGAUGACGAGAGAAAUGCACCCGUCAUCGAAGCCCUCAUGCAACCGAUAUGGACGCACGUCGAGAAAGUCGAGUCAUGUACGAAAGCGAAUAUUCCCGUGGCUAAGGCUAGAGCCAAGGUCCUGAAAUCCGAGAUCACUGCUAUUGGCAACUUCAUCGAGGGUCUUCAUAAGACUUCAGGGUUAUCUUUAGACCAGCUAGAGGAGCUGAAACCAAAGCUGUGGAGAUUUAUUUCUAAGAGAAUACCGGCUUCCGAGAAACAGUCGUCUGGGAAGCCAGACAAAGAGAAGGAUAGAUCUGGGUCGAGCGGGAUGACCGGACCCCGGUUAGCAGCGUUAUACCAGCAACUUAAAGAGGCGGAAAAAAACGGCGACGCCACCCAGAAAUCAAAGAGUUCCGGCACAGCUAUCGCCAACGGGGGUUCUCGUGGCGAACCGUCUAAGGUAGCUAGUUAG